UGUGGGCUAUCGUGAACAAUCCCGACGUGCGGCCCGACGCCCCGCUCCUCUGGGGCAUCUUCGCCAACGACUUCUGGGGCAAGGGCAUGGCCGAGAACACCAGCCAUAAGUCCUAUCGGCCGCUCUGUGUCCUCACCUUCAAGCUAAACAUAUUUUUAACUGGCAUGAACCCAUUCUACUUCCAUGCAGUAAAUAUAAUUUUACACUGUCUGGUGACUCUUGUGCUAAUGUACACGUGUGACAAAGCUGUCUUCAAGGAUCGUGGACUUGCUUUUGUUACGGCAUUGCUUUUUGCUGUGCAUCCUAUUCAUACUGAGGCGGUGGCUGGAAUUGUUGGCAGAGCUGACGUGUUAGCAUGUCUGCUGUUUCUGUUGACCUUUCUCUCCUACAGUAGGAGUUUGGAUCAGUGUUGUGUUGGGGAAUGUUUCCCUCCCACGGCUUCUCCCUUCUUCUUGCUGCUCAGUUUGGUUCUGGGGACCUGUGCAAUGCUGGUGAAGGAGACAGGCAUCACGGUGUUUGGAGUGUGCUUGGUUUAUGAUCUCUUUUCCUUAUCCCACAAGCAAGAUAAAUCGAAUCUAACAGCAAGCAGCAAUAGAAAUUUCCUGCUUACCAUGAAGCCAUUUUUAAAAAGGGCUGUUUUGGUCAUAAGUUAUGUGAUUGUAGUUUUGUACUUCCGUCUGUGGAUAAUGGGAGGAUCCAUGCCGCUCUUUUCAGAGCAAGAUAAUCCAGCUUCGUUUUCGCCUUACAUUCUUACAAGAUUCCUUACCUAUUCCUACCUCUUGGCCUUCAAUGUGUGGCUUCUGCUCGCACCCAUUACCCUGUGCUACGACUGGCAGGUCGGCAGUAUUCCUCUGGUAGAGACCAUAUGGGACACGCGGAACUUAGCCACCAUCCUUCUGGCAGUUGUGAUGGCCUUAUUAAGCCUGCAUUGCUUAGCAGCCUUCAAGAGACUGGAGCACAAGGAAGUUUUAGUGGGCUUGUUGUUCCUGGUUUUCCCGUUCAUUCCAGCCAGCAAUCUCUUCUUCAGGGUGGGUUUUGUGGUGGCCGAGAGAGUCCUUUACAUGCCUAGCAUGGGCUACUGCAUCCUUUUUGUGCAUGGAUUGAGCAAGCUCUGCACAUGGCUGAAUCGAUGUGGGGCCACCACCCUAAUUAUAUCCACUGUGCUGCUGCUGUUGCUUUUCUCUUGGAAAACUGUGAAACAGAAUGAAAUUUGGCUGUCAAGAGAGUCCCUAUUCAGGUCUGGAGUUCAAACUCUGCCCCACAACGCCAAGGUACACUACAACUAUGCCAAUUUCCUGAAGGACCAAGGUCGGAACAGGGAAGCCAUCUACCACUACAGAACAGCACUCAAGUUGUAUCCACACCAUGCAAGUGCCCUCAACAACCUUGGAACACUGACCAGAGACACCGCAGAGGCAAAGAUGUACUAUCAGAGGGCUCUCCAGCUAAAUCCACAGCAUAACCGGGCUCUUUUCAACCUCGGCAAUCUCCUUAAGUCCCAGGAGAAAAAAGAAGAAGCCAUCCUCUUACUGAAGAAUUCCAUUAAAUAUGGUCCAGAGUUUGCAGAUGCUUAUUCAAGCUUAGCUUCGUUACUGGCAGAGCAGGAAAGAUACAAGGAAGCUGAGGAGGUCUACCAGGCUGGAAUAAAGAACUGUCCAGACAGCUCAGAUUUACACAACAACUAUGGGGUUUUCUUAGUUGAUACUGGCUCUCCAGAGAAGGCAGUGGCUCAUUACCAACAGGCUAUCAAACUUAGCCCAAGUCAUCACGUGGCCAUGGUGAACCUGGGAAGACUCUACAGGUCAUUGGGAGAGAACAGUGUGGCUGAAGAAUGGUACAAACGCGCACUGCAGGUGGCACGUAAAGCUGAGAUUCUCUCACCGUUGGGAGCGCUAUAUUACAACACUAACCGUUACGAAGAGGCUUUGCAGAUUUACCGGGAAGCUGCGGCACUUCAGCCUUCUCAAAGAGAACUCCGCUUGGCACUGGCUCAGGUUUUGGCUGUGAUGGGUCAGAUGAAAGAAGCUGAAAAGAUGACCAAUCACAUUGUGUCAGAGGAGACCGGAUGCCUUGAAUGCUAUCGCCUUCUGUCAGCAAUCUACAGCAAGCAGGAACACCACCACAAGGCACUUAAUGCUAUAGACCAGGCUCUGCAGCUGAAACCAAAGGACCCUAAAGUCAUAUCUGAACUUUUUUUCACAAAAGGAAACCAACUAAGAGAGCAGAACCUUCUUGACAAAGCUUUUGAGAGCUAUAAAGCAGCCGUGGAGCUAAAUCCAGAUCAGGCGCAGGCCUGGAUGAACAUGGGGGGAAUCCAACACAUCAAGGGAAACUAUGUGUCUGCAAGAGCUUAUUAUGAGAAAGCCUUACAGCUGGUCCCAGACAGCAAAUUGCUGAAGGAAAAUCUUGCCAAAUUGGAUCGCCUAGAAAAACGAUUACAAGAAGUUCGAGAGAAGGAUCAAACAUAACAGCAUUUUGACCCAGUCUUGUGGGACAUGGCUGGUACCUCUGGAAGAGGA